AAGCAGCCAAGAGUUACCCGUCCAUAGCAGAUUCACCAGUUAUUUUCACAAUAUCUCCUUUUCUUGUUCUCCAAACCUUGGCUAUUUUCACAAUCUCUCUUUCCGAUUCCGAACUUUGCCUUUUCAGCUCAUCAUCUGCAGCAAGUUUUAUUUGGAGGUAAAAUGACGGCUAAGGCAACAAUGGAUGUUCCCCAAAAAGGUGGGUUUAGUUUUGAUCUAUGUAGAAGGAAUGAGAUGCUGGUCAAUAAAGGACUCCGUGCUCCUUCUUUUCUCAAGACUGGUACUACCAUCGUCGGCUUAAUUUUUCAGGAUGGUGUUAUCCUUGGAGCGGACACACGGGCAACUGAAGGGCCAAUUGUUGCAGAUAAAAACUGUGAGAAAAUUCAUUACAUGGCUCCUAAUAUAUAUUGCUGCGGAGCUGGGACAGCUGCUGAUACAGAGGCGGUUACUGACAUGGUCAGUUCCCAGCUGAAGCUUCAUAGGUUUCACACUGGUCGUGAAUCCAGGGUUGUGACAGCUCUUACUCUUUUGAAGUCUCACCUUUUCAGCUACCAAGGCCAUGUCUCAGCUGCUUUGGUCCUUGGUGGUGUGGAUGUCACAGGUCCCCAUCUGCAUACUAUUUAUCCACAUGGAUCAACUGAUACUCUGCCAUAUGCCACAAUG